AUGGCUACAAUACCAGAUGAUGUCUUUGAUGAAUUACAUAGAAUUGUAACUAAUGUAUUUGAGGAAAAAUUGAUUCAAAAACAACAAGAAGAAGAAUUGGGUGAAGGUAUAGAUUCUCAACAAUUAAGAUCUUUUACACAAGAAGAAAAUGAAUGGGUAUCAAAUGCAAUGGAUGUCAUUAAAAUUCAUAUGGUUGAACCAUCACAUUCAUUGGAAGAUACUCCUGGAUAUUCACCUUUGUUUGUUCAUCAAUUUUUUAACGAUGAAAAGGUCUUCGGAUAUAAAGAUCUCAAAAUAGAUAUAUAUUUUUGUGCUUCAACUAUGUAUUUUCAUCCAAUUAUAUCUUAUUCAUCAACGUCAAAAGAAAUUAUAAAAACAAUGGAACCAGAUGAUAUUUUGAAACAUUUAAAAUCUGAAUUGCCUGAUUGGCAUAUGGAAAUUUAUAAAGAAACCAGAACUUCAUUUGAAGAAGAAUUAAGAAAACAACUUGAUUUUAAACCAUACGGUGAAGUGGUACAUAAAUUUACUAACGAUAAUCAAACAUUUGAACUAUGGGGACCACCACAAGAUAUUAAUGAAAAUUUUAAUAAUUAUGUCAACAGAAUCCAGCUUUUAGCUUUAUUUGACUUUGAAACGGGUGAUUAUACUGAUAAUGAUGAUGAAAAAUUUGUAACUUAUAUUCUUUAUGCAGUUACAAAAAAACCCGAGUCUGAUGAUCUCUUUUAUUCUGUUGCUGGAUAUGCUACAAUAUAUCGUUAUUAUGUUUAUCCAGAAAAUAUACGUCCUCGUAUUGCACAUUUCCUUCUAACUGCUAAAUAUAGAGGAAAAGGUAUUGGAACUAAAUUUUAUAAAUCAAUUAUUAAUGAACUCAGUCUUAACCCAAAAGUUGUUGAUAUAACAAUUGAAGAUCCCUCUGAUUAUCUUAUAUAUUGUCGUGAUUACGUCGAUUUUUUAACUCUUAAGGAUCAUCCAGAAUUUAGUGAAGAAAAACUGAAAACAGGAUACAAUAAAGAAAUGGAAGAAAUUGGUCAUAAAAAGUAUAAAAUGAAUCCAAAACAAGUACGACGUAUCUAUGAAAUUCUACGUCUCUACUACACUGACGAAACAAACAAAGAUGAAAUGAAGGCUUAUAGGAUUGAUGUUAAAAGAAGACUUGAAAAACCAAUGAAAAGGACAAAAAAAGAACUUGAUAGACUUGCAUUCCUAGCUGUUAAAGACAGACAUUACCUUUCGGCUUUAGAAGCCAACAAUCCUGAAGUUAAGCAACCUCAAUUACAAAAAUUAUUUGAAAAACAAAUUGAGGAGUACAAAUGUGUUUUGGAUCGUUUAAAAAAAUAUGAAAAUAUUUAA